CAUACAGGCAGACCUUGAGCUUGUCAGGGCAAGACUAGAAUGUAGGCCUUGAGUACAUGUGGGGACAUUUUAUGUGUUGUUUACCUGGCCUUUUGUGUUUCUGUUUCAUUUGUCUUCGGCUUCCUGCUUCGCUCAAUGGUUGUCAUUUACUCUCAAUAGCAGAACAUGCCAGCACUUGACUCAGAAACACUAAAUUAGUAGCUCUAUUUUUGUUUGUCUGACCCACCUCUUGACAUUCCUCUUUGGUUUGUAAUGACACCAGCCUGAUACCUUAAUGAUAUGUGUCACAGUGCUGGCUGUCUCUCCUGGUAAAGGGAGAUCCCGUUGUUUUGUUGGAGAGGGGGUAGAUAUCUGUAAGGUAAGAAAUGGAGGUACUGAAACGUUUGUAUGGAGCUCUAUCAGCAGGAGUUUGGCUCGGCUCAGACUGGAAUGGCAAAUAUGUAGAGAAUGUGACUGGCAGAUGCAGAUUGUUCAAGCGGCACAUUUCAAACACACAUAGUAUCUUUAAGUAUAUACAGCAGUGCAGGAAGAGAGCCUGUGUUCAUCAAGCUCACUAUUAUGACCUUCAUCCCAAUUAGAGGUUUAUAGAUGUGCACAAAGAGGGAUGGGUCAACAGAUGCUGAGUUGCACCCCUUUGUUAUGACUUUUCUUAACCUACAGAGGUUUGUAGUUCAGGAAGAAGUCCGUUACAAACCCUGGCAACUGACUGCUUUAUUUAAAGAUGAGGAGUCAUUGUUCCCAUAGCAGCUGUUGGUGUGUGUGUGAUCUGCUCUGUAUUGCCUCCAGACAAUAGCUUGUUGACAGCUGUUCUGAUGCACCUCCCCAUCACCCCUCUCAUACACACACACACACACUUCUGCCACUCUUUUCACAGGCCUUCUACUGACUGAAAAUGAAGUGUCAGUUUUAUUGUGUGUUUGUCUGCGGAGAGAUGGAUGACUGCAAGUUAUUGUUCAAAUCUGUCUGUGCUGGCAGCCAAUGAACUUGCAAAUAGGGAAGGCUUCAGGAGGCUGAUUGGCUGCAGCUGUAUAGAAAGGGGUGGGGUUUAUGGGUGUAGUGACUUUGUGGAGUUGGCUGUGUCCUGUCUGUGUUAGAAGAGUCUGAAACAGGGAUGCUUGCUUGUCGUAUGAGGAUGUCAAGGGUCCAACUGUGAUGCUGACGUUACAUCUCUUCAAAAAAGGAGUGGAGCUCAUCAUGAGACAGCUAUAUAGACGCACAAAUACAGAAUAACUUCUGCAGAGAUAUUUAAUUCAAAUCAGCCAAGGAGGAAGCUUUAAACUGAAAGUGCACAGGGACAGGUACUUCUAGUUUUACAAAAUGCCUUUGGAGACUCUCCAGCGCCCGGUUAGAAAACCGGAGAGGACUGCUGUAGCUGCUACACCACCACGCUUGCGGCCCCAGGGGCCAGUGGGGCCAGACUUCUACCGGCAGUUCCCGACAGCAGCAGGCAGACCAAAGCAGAGCGCGGUGGAGAGGCUAGAAGCGGACAAGGCUAAAUAUGUCAAGAGUCGGGUGGCUCUUUCUAAACAGCAGCCGGUCAGGGCUCCUGAUGUGCGGAAGCCUCUGCUAAACCCCAGCACCGCUCUGCGACCCACCAGGAAGACACCGACCCCAAUGAAAACAAAGAAGGAGGGAGUCCAGCUCGACUUGGAGCAUCUGAGUAACCUGAUCAGUGGUGUGAAUGAUGGGCCUCAGUCCAGUGUUACUGUAAACUCAGAGGACAGUAAAGCUCCUACCACCCCUUCACACAGCUCUCUUUGCCCCACACCUGCAGGGGCACAGCAGAAAAAGGAGAGACCGUGUCCACCUCCCCGUCACGACUGGUCCAGUCCUGCUAAAGUGAGAUUAAAAGCCUCUGGACCUGCCAGGGUAGAGAGUCCCAGCUCUCCUGGGUCUCCAGCUGCAGGGACUGUACGCAGGGUGGAUGUCAUGCCUCAGGCCAGCCCUGUGAGGACACCCUGCAGACCACCUCAGUACAUCCGGCAGCCCCUCCAGCCCAUACCUUUACAUUCCAAGUUUCCACUCCGCCCGGCUACUUCACACCUGCGUCUCUUUCACCUCAGAACAACAGCAGGUCCUUCUCCUCUGAAACCUGUUGUUGCUCCAUCAAAACCUGACGACCCUCCCUCUUCUCCAGGUGGAACCCCUGUCCCUGCUACACCUCCCCCCAGCCUCCCUCUUCUCCCUCCUCCCUCCCCGGCAAUUACUCGUUUGUCCUCUUCGAGCUCCAGGAAGCGCCCCUCUCUUACCCGGUCUAAAUCAGACAUGAGUGACCGGUGCUCCAGAGCCGGCACAGAGCUGGAGCGCUUCUUCAACCUGUGUGGUCUGGACCCUGCAGACCUGCAGGAGUGGGCUGGAUCUAGUUCUGACAUUGUGUCCAUGGCUCGCUUCCGCAGUGUGAGCGCUCCAGGGUCUGAGUGUGCAGGCUCGGGCAGAGAGGAUGAAGGUGAGGAGGAGGAGGAAGCGACCAAUGCUGCAGGGCGUGUUCCCUACGGUGUUUCUGUUAUUGAGAGAAAUGCAAGAGUGAUCAAAUGGCUGUAUGGACUCCGUCAUGACAAAGACAAUACAAGUAAAAGCACCAAUUUAUAGGAUGGUGUUAAAUGGUCUAAAAUAAGCUUUAAAACAAAAGUAAAUUUCAGUGUGUCUGCAAAACACAUUAAGUGAUGAGAUCCUGUGAUUAAACUGGUAGCAAACUGAUGUGAUGAUAUAAUGAUGGAUGCAAUUUGCCAAGUAAUUUACUUCCCUUGUUGUUUGUUUUGAUCAGGUUUUUUGUUGUUUUUUAUUUCAUUUUUUAUCUUACAAAAUUUGAGAUUUGAUGAAAUGUGUUAUUGAAGAACAGAAACACUUAUUAAUUUGAGAAAUUCUCAAUAUUUUUUGUUAUUUUGACUUUUCAAACGUGUUUUUGUGCGUGUGUGUCACAUUGGAGAUGUCGUGGUGUCAUCUCUGGCUGUAAAUGUGCGGCAUUAAAGAUUGAAUGAUGCAAGCA